AUGGCGACGUCCAACGUCCUGGCAUGGACAGCCCAUGCGGCCAACGCCGUGGAGGAUGACGCUGCUGCCGACGCCGACGAGCCGCCAGACCAGACACAACAGGCCGCACCCAUGAUUCACACCUUUGAGAAGACGUCCGUCUAUCGCCCAAGAGAACGGAUCGAGUCUCUUUUGACACGUGCUCUCCAGAGCCAGUCUGAGGAUGAGGCGGCCGACCACGCCACUGCCUCUGGCCUGUACCCCCGGCGCAGACGAUCUAUCACCAGCAACACUAGCCUGGCCUCGACUGCCGGCUUUACCAGCGACACUGGCAUUACUACGCCGCCCCGGACUACCUCACCUAGUCCGCGCAUUGUCAAAGUUGGCUUCGCUCCGGCCAACGGAGAGAUUCGCGACACCAAGGACUCGGCCCCGUCUGUGGACACCACGCCCAAGCCGGCCGCCCACGCUUCUUCCAAGGACACCAAGCCCGAGAACGCCAAUACUACUGAUGCCUCGGCCCAGGCUGCACCAAGAAAGCGGUGCAUCUCAUUUGCCUGCGGUGCUGUGAAGCCUAGUCAAGCCGCCAAGCCAACGUCCCCUCCUGCGCCGAUCACCAAGACGCCCGGACCGGACGACACACCCAAGGCGGCUUAUGCUCAGCUGGCGCAGCCUACCGAGGUGACUGAGCUUCCCAAAGCAGUCGAGCAGCCCAAGCGUUCGUGCAUUCGUUUCGCUUGCCCCGUUCGCCCGUCGGCCGACUCGCACAGGCCGCAGAUGUCCACGCUCAAGCUUGAUGCCCCUGAGAACCGCAAGCUCUUGGCGGCCAGACAUCCCUCGCCUGCGCCGGCACCCAAGUCACCCACGUCCAUCCGCAAGCACCUGCCUCGCCGUGACUCGGCCAACCGCUCGCCUCGCUCUGUGACCCGCGCUUCUGCCUCACGCCAGGCCUCACACAGUCCCAUUGCCACCCGCAACAAGAAGUACUAUAACGCGGAGCCCGGAGCUUUGAACGAGGAAUCCUCUCGUUUCCACGAAUUUGCCAGCGAUUUGCCGAUGGAGGAUGACUGGAUCCGCCGUGACAAGGCUACCGUUCUGCAGAGACUCACCAUUAACGAUACUCUGAAGAAGGAGCUGGCAAUUCGUUUGCUGGGCAAGGAGGCCGAGGAGGAGGCUGAGCAAGAGGAAAACGACGAGGAGAACGAUGAGGAAAACGAUGUUGCCGAUGACGACGAGGAUGACGAUGAGGACGAUGAGGACGAUGAUAAUGCUGACAACGACGAGGACGACGAGAACGACACUGUUGAGGGCGACAAUGAUUACCUUGGCGACGAGCGUUUCGCAGGUUACAGCUCAGGUGCUUCAGACGGCUACAAUACCGACAACGAGACUGGUUUCGCCUCGUCCGAUGACGAGGACGAUGGCCUGGUUCUCUGGGCUGUUAACCAGCCCAGCCGUCAGCGUCGCGAGCACAACUUUGACAACGACCACUCCACGCUCCACCAGGGUGGCUCGCCUAUCUUCCGCCGCCUGUCGGUUGAUGAGCACUCGGACUCGUCUGUUUUCGUUGCUGGUCGCGCCAUGCGCCAGGAUCGGCCUAAGAACCGCGAGCUUGUCAACAAUAUCCGCCGCGGUGGCACGCCUGAGCUUCCGGACAGCACUGACUUCGUCUGCGGUACUUUCGACGAGGACCGCCCGUUGGAGGAGGCUUACCAGUCGCACAUUGCGGCUCGCAAGCGCGGCAAGACGCACGUUAUUCCACAAGACAUUGACCCCAGCUUCCCCACAUCGGAUCCUGAGGACAACAGCGACGAUGAGCCAGUCAAUUACAAGAACCGUGCUCAACAGCAGCAACAGGCACACGGAAGCGCCGAUGAUCGCUUCUGGGAGAUGGAAGACCUGCACCACGACCAGACCGACAAACGGGCCGACACGCGCCAGAAGAAGAAGACUGUGUCGCCCAGACGGUGCCGCUCGCCUCCGCCGCCCAAGACUCGCGGCCGCUCGCCUGCGCCCCGCCGCCUGUUCGACCGCCACUCGCCCACGCGUCGCCUCAAGUCGCCUGCGCCCAAGGCCAUUCCUUCACCCAUGCCUGUGCCGAUCAUUGUCGCUUCGUCGCACAUCCAUGCCAUCUCGCCGCCGGCUUCUCCCGUGGACUUGCCCGCCGACCGUGGUCGGCCCAUGUUCCAACCGCUCGCGUUCCAUCCUGGCAUGACACACACCAAGUCUCUUCCCAGACCUUCGGCUAUUUUCCGUCACCAACUGGCGACUGCUGCCCAAGCGCAGCAGCACCAGCUGCAGCAGCAGCAACAGCCUGCUGCCAAACCCUACCGCCGUCCCAAGGCCAACAGCCUUGCCGGUGCCAAACAACCUAGACACGUUCGUGGUGCCAUUGACAUUGUCAAGGGGCUCGAGCAGAAGCGCCAGAGACGCCGCGAAAAGUUUCAGCAAAAGUACUGCAACCGGGCGCGUAAGGGCCAGGUUCCCGAGCGGCGCACACAGCGCGGCGAGGGCGCCGAGCGCAUGAGAGAAGUUGGGCUUCUCAUGGCCGGAAAGAUUCGCCCGGCGAACUACGUUCUUUCCGUCUAA